UUCGGACGUUCCAUUCCGUAUCCUGGCAACGACUGACGCCAAGAUGUCGCUAGCGAUAAUAGAGGAACAACUGCAUAAAUGUGGCUACAAGACGGAUUCUGAUGUGUCAGAGCUGUACCUUGGUAGAAAGGGGCUGAAAGAAGUCACUGAUCUAUCAAGGUUUCGAAUGUUAAGAUAUUUGUGGCUUAAUCAUAACAAGAUUUCGAAGAUAACAUGUCUAACCAAUGUUUGCCGCCUGUCAGAGCUGUAUCUUAACAACAAUGAGCUGUGUGACAUAGCAGGUUCUUUAAAGAAUUUAACCUCUCUACGCAUACUGAUGUUAAAUGACAAUUAUCUUACAAAGCUGCAAGACACUGUGAAGGAGCUAAAGGGCAUGACCAGUCUUCAUACCUUAAAUCUGUUCCGUAACCCUUUGGCUCAAGAUGCAGGUCACCGUUUAUAUGUCAUAUACCAUCUUUCUUCAGUACAGCUUCUUGAUCGUGAAAAUGUCACACACAAGGAAAGAGAAGAUGCUUUCAAGCUCUUCAACCCAGAGCAGACUGCAGUUAUACAAUCAAUAGGUUUUGGCCGGAGAACAGACUCUGUCUUACCCGUCAGAAGACCACUUGUGAAAAGCUCCUCGGCAAGCUGUGCAAGAAUGAGCCUUGGAAAUAACAACAAUGCAGAUUAUCAGAAUAGACAUAAAAAUGGAGCUCAAGAUGUUUUACAGACAGCACGCCAGAGAUCGGUUAUGCAGUAUUCACUACUGGACUGGAGUACCCUUCCAUCGUCGAGUCAGAAAUACAGGGAAGGACAAACAUUCCAGCCUGCCCAAUUUAGGACGGUAGAGCUACGUUAAUUGCUUAAAAUGUACUAAUAAAACAAUAGUGAAACC